UUGAUAACAUAUAUUAAGUAUUACAUUUAUUUUAACUAAAACCCAUGUCAUGAAAUGUCUAAUUGAAUGUUUUUCAACGAUGGCAACGUGUACUGACAGACAGACUGACAGUUUGUCACUGACUUCGCUGUGGUAUGGUUGUCAUUUCGUCCCUCUAUCGAUUAGCGUGAUAGAUGAAUGAGAAAUAAUUCACAUUGUCGCAGCGAAGAUCAAACAUAAUUUUAUCGAAACUUAUAGUCGCGAGUGUUCGGUCAAAGUGUCGUAACGUAGUACAGUGUAAACUUAAACACAACAUUGCCAUGAUCGAUGAGGGAAACAAAGAUGGCGGAAUAAUACGGUGAUCAUAACCAUAAGCGUUGUUGUGGAGCGUUAUGUACGGUGGUGGGUGGAGGCUACAGCAGUGUCGGGGCGCUUGAGCGAGGAGGAGAGGUGCGAUGGGGGCGCGGCCGGGGUGAUGCCCCCGCGGCCUGCGGCCGGCCGCGCGGCCAUGGCGGCCGAAGACGAGCGACCGCCGUUUGCCCUGUUUACUGCCGUCUACGAUUAUGCUGCGCAGGGAGAAGACGAACUCUCCUUGCGCCGCGGAGAAAUCGUCGAAGUGCUCUCAAAAGACGCGAACAUCUCCGGCGACGAGGGCUGGUGGACCGGAAAAAUCGGCGAUCAUGUUGGGAUCUUCCCCGCCGUAUACGUGACGGAGGAAGAUCCUCUUGCCGUUGAACCGCCGCGAGUGUCUUUCAGUGAGCUAAAGCUUGAGGAAGUGAUCGGAGUUGGAGGGUUUGGUAAAGUGUAUCGAGGUUAUUGGAACGAUGAAGUCGUGGCGGUCAAAGCGGCUAGGCAGGACGCGAACGAGGACAUUGAAGUCAUUAAAGAGAGUGUUCUUCAAGAAGCGAGAUUGUUUUGGGUGUUACAACAUGAAAAUAUAGUGUCGUUGAAAGGUGUGUGCUUAGAGGAGCCAAAUUUGUGUUUGGUGAUGGAAUAUGCUCGCGGUGGCCCUUUGAACCGAGUGUUAUCAGGACGAAAAAUAAGGCCCGGUAUACUAGUAGACUGGGCAAUACAAGUGGCUCAAGGCAUGGCAUACCUUCAUGUGGGUGCCCCUAUGUCACUUAUACAUAGAGACCUGAAAAGUUCCAAUGUGCUCCUGAGUGAAACAAUCUUAUCGGACGAUACUCUCGAAAACAAGACGCUCAAAAUCACAGACUUUGGAUUGGCCCGAGAAGUUUACAAGACCACGAGGAUGUCAGCAGCUGGGACGUACGCCUGGAUGCCACCAGAGGUGAUAAAAAACUCCACCUUCUCCCAUGCGUCUGACGUGUGGUCCUACGGGGUUCUACUGUGGGAGUUGCUGACUGGCGAGACACCCUACAAGGGCAUCGACGCGUUGGCCGUGGCGUACGGGGUCGCCGUCAACAAACUGACCCUGCCGAUACCGAGCACCUGCCCGGAGCCAUGGAGGGUUCUGAUGGAGGCAUGCUGGCGGUCGAAUCCUCGCGAAAGACCCCUGUUCCCCGAAAUCUUGGAGCAGUUAGAGUGCAUAAGACAAUCGGAAUUCACUCGGGCACCACACGAGUCCUUCCACACCAUGCAAGAUGGUUGGCGGCUAGAGAUCGAAGAAGUUUUAUUGGAUCUCAGGAGGAAAGAAAAGGAGCUUAGGUGUCGCGAAGAAGAGUUGACGAGAGCUCAGCUGCAGCAAAGACUGAUGGAACAGAAUCUAGCGCAGAAGGAAAGAGAAUUAGAAAUGAGGGAAAUUGACUUGGUCGCAAGAGAGUUGCAUAUAUUGAUCUUCGCCAGUAACAUGUCGCAUAAUCAACCGCCGCAGCCUAAUAAGAGAAAAGGAAAAUUCAGCAAAAUGAAGCUGGUUAAGAAGGACACUAUAUCUUCGCCGCUGGACUUUCGGCACACGCUGACGGUGCGGCCUUCGGACGACGAGUCCAGCGUUAAACAACUGGUUGCCGUCGCUAAAGAUACACCACCGGGAUCGCCGGCCAUCAUGAGGGCUAUAGCUCUGCCAGCGGACGGCGUGAAGGGCAAGACCUGGGGCCCUUCCAGCGUUCACCAACGAUCGCGCGGUCACUUACCCCUCCCCGCGUUAGCUCGGGCCCGUCACGCGCCCCGCUUCUCAUCGUCCGCGCCCGACCUGCCGCCCGCCACCCGGCCCCCGCACGCAGGUUGUUUUCUUCCUUACACAGACUUCAGUCCGGAGGAAUGGGGCCCAGAGUAUCCUUUGAGCACGUCGUCCAGAUAUACGAUACCUAUGCCCACCUUAUAUAGUACAGAAGGUUACAAAUACAAGAAGCCAAGUAUAAUAGAGCUGGUAUUGUACAAUAUGGCGGCGUUGCUUGGCGGUGUAGCAGCCGGUUAUGAUGUGCGAGUGUCCAAUGUCACUCCCCUGCAUCCGACGCUGCAACCACACAGGCCGGAAGUCGAAUCCGAACCUCUAAGUUCGACGCUGUACGAAGGCUACGGUUUCGCGCACAACACUUACCACGGACCCACUAGACAUUUGCGAGCACCACUCAACGCUAUCACCGGUUCACCCAUCUCAAGCCUCCAAGCGGAAGAACAGAAGCCGAUGCGUUUCACAGAUUCACCCACACAUUACGCCCAUCCUUCAUCAUCAUCAGGCUACGGCCAUUCAGUACAGCCUCUUUCAGGAACCUCAGGGUUAGGAACAAACUACACCUCCACACAACCUACGCCUUCACCAAGAAGAACUUCUUCAUCCACAUCUGACCACUUAGCAGAUCUUUACCACAACUACAGAGAAAACUUCCAACCUUCACCCUCCCAAGACAGAGAUUAUUACUACCGCGGGGAACCUUACACUUACGACAGGACAGCCGAUUAUGUGGUAAAACACCCCUACUACGGCUACGAUGAAUGCUCCUUCGAAUAUUCAAGAGAUCCAACGUCGGAUUUCAGACCAUCGACCACGCAAUACCUCACUCAUAGAAGAACUCCGUCGAAUUCUUCGGCGACAAACUCCCACCCCGAAGAGUUUUCUCCUUCAAGACAGUACAGGCCGGAGAAAUAUUCCACUAAAGAAAGGCGCGACGACUUCCGAGCGGCGAAAGCGGAGUACCCUAGAAAGACCAGUGAUUAUUCUUUACCGAGAGAUUUCUACCGUCAAGAGUCUCAAGAUAGAAGCGAAGUCGAACGACCGGCUAAUUUGAGCUUAGAAUUAGCACCUACAAAGCUAAGAUCUAGUUUGAAAAAGUACAAUAAGAAGUGCAGUGCCUCAGGAGGUAGUUCUGGAGGGGGAACGCCCACAAAUCCGACUCCCCCCGACAGUUUAACGAGCGAGACCGAUAGUUCGUACGUUUCCGCUAGAGACGCUUCCAGUGGAUCACAAUCUCGAGUCAGAUUCAGCCCAGAAACUAUGGAAGGAACGGUCCCAGAACGCAGACCCUCUCGACAGUCGUAGCGAAGGCUAAAAAAGUUCGACGACUACCUGGUUUGAAUGAAUUAUUCCAAAGCGGGACUGUUGUGUAUAUAAUUAAUACGCUUGAAGGUAGUGCGUGGAACGCUUCAGCUUUUUUGAGAAUUUUGGUGAAUUUCAUCUUUUCGAAACGUAAGAGUGAGAUUUUAUAGGCAUUCGCGUAGGCAGUUCUAGCCCUCUUACACGUGUUAAAUGUUGACUCUUUUAUUCGAUAAUUAUCAUCGUGAUCAAGCUGUGGCAUACGGUUUAACCUCCCCUGUGUCCACGUAAAAUGUAAUGGCCAUAUUCCCGUUCAUUGGCGCGAAAGAACUGCAAUAAGCUAUGUAUAAAUGCAAUUAUUGUGUUCAUUAUUUAAAUAAAUUUGUGUAGUCUCAUUGUACAUUAUGUAUAUUAAAUAGUGACGUAUUUCAUGCGAGUCGAUCGGGGAUUGCAUUGAGUGAUACAACGUCGACAGACAAUACAGUGCCUGUAUGUAGCUAGCUAACUAACUCUUAAAGAUAUUCUUUUAUUUAUGCCAAUGUAUGAUAUUGUUAGUUUACUCGAAAAUCAUCUUUAUUCAUCUCAUAAUCAGGACACUUUUCGAUCAUGUAACGUGUAGAAGAAUUUUGUACACCCCGAUGUAUGUAAUUUUUAACCAGGCACCAAACGCUUAAUGCCUUGUACAAAAUGUAAAUAUUGCAAACAACUACGAAAGCUUAUUUUUUAUAUUAUACUCAGCAUUUAUUUUUGUUAAAACCAUUGAAAUUAAUAUUUGUUUAUUUUUAUUUUGUUAAAUUAUAAAUAGUACAAAGAUAUUUCUAAGAAUGUUUUAUGAACGAUUGCGCUCGACAUAAAAUUAUUUUUAACUUCGACGUAGAUAAUAUAUCGUGUAUAUUUAAACUAACCGUUGAAUAUAUUAUAUAUAUAUAUCCAGUAAAUAAUGUGUUGUAUGCAUUUUGUACAAAUAAAGAUCAAAUGUUAGAUAUUUUUUACUAAAAUAUCAGUAACUAUAGUUAGAUUUAGAAUGAACAGCUUUUGUAUCCCACAGUGAAGUAUCUUCUACAAGUUUGCUGAAAUAAAAUGAAAUUGCAUAUCCAGCUAAUGAUAUUCUAUUUGAUAUUUCGCUCUCAUACUCAAAACACUGGAUUGAUUUUUACUCAAUAAUUUAUUUAAUUUAUAAAGGCCUAUUUGAAAAUGGGUGAAUAUUUAAAAAUUAUCUCACGUUUAGCGUAAUUAUUAACGUAAGACCUAUAUCGGAAAUUUAAUUAUAAAAAUUAGCUUUGAUAUUAUGUAGCUGAAAACCAGUGCCUAAUGUUUGCUGGAGUGGUAUUUGAGAUUACGACAUAGAAAAGCGGUUUUGGAGUCAAAUCAUAAAUUUAUUUUUUUGUUAUUGUAUGAGGCCAGUAUGAUAUAAUGUAUUUUUUUUUUCUUUUUUAUAUUUCCAACAAAUUUCUUGUGCAAUAAGCGGAAUCAUUUGCGUCCAAUAAUUUAUUUUUGUUGUUAUAUUAUUUAUGAGAACCGUCGUGAAUUAACAGUAUUUCUCACAGUAUUUGAGAUUUACUAUUUCUAAAUGAAGUCCUAAAUUGUAUGUUAUAUGAAAAAAAAGUAUAUACCUACUCUUUAAUAUUGUAUGUAUGUGUAGUAUAUAAUUUGUUAAGUUAGCUUGUGUCAGUGCCAAUAUCCAGUGUUUUACAUUAAUGUGAAUGUUACUUUGAACUAUGUUCCCAAUCUUGUUGUUUUAGUGCAAACCAAAAUCCCAACCAAAUUAUUAUAAGAAUCUCUAAAUAAGUUUCAGAACCUGAGUCACAAAACGUAUGUAUCUCGAGUCAAUGGAUUGUAACAAUUUUGUAAAUACUUAUGCAUCGAGAUUCACGGCGCGAUUACUUAAAAUGAAAACUCUAGUCUUGAAAUUUUUAUUUAAUUAUUAUAUACCUGGCUAGUAUUCGAACGACUGCCGAACGUCUUAUAACGAUUGUUUUAAAAAAAUAUAUAAACGAUACCAUUUGGGCAUUCCAUGAUUGUAUGUUUUUUAAUGUGAACCUUACAUUCCAUAUUGUUUAUAGUACGAAGUGUUUUAUGCUCAUAUGAACGUUCAUAAGUCGGAUGUAUAUGGUGGUUUUGUGUGCCAAUAACACGAGGUGGGAGGAUGCCUUACAUCUGUAUGUUAAAUCGACAAAUAAAAACUAGACUAAGCUUUU